GGAUGCCGUCAUCGCGAGGCGGAUGGAGAAGAUGACGUACUCGAGGGAGCUCCUGCUUGCCGUCGGCAGCUUGGAGGCAUGCAAGCUGCUGCCCGCCGACGCCGACUUGUCCAAGCACCCCGAUGACGCCGCACUGUUGGUUCCUUCCCAAAUUCUGGCUGGCCGCUCGGCUGGAAGAGCACCUGGAGCAGAGCCGGAGGCGUUUGAAGCAGGCGCAGGAAGCAAAUCCAAGCCAUGCGUCAGGUUCUUCAGCACCGCAGGCUGCCGCUUUGGCUCCAACUGCCACUUCAUCCACGACAUUCCGGCCGGCUCCCAGGCCGUCGCAGAAACGAGCAUUCCGAGUGGCCCAGCUACAGCACAAGACGAGAACGAGCUUGCCAUGCUCAAUCCAACGCUACCGCCCAUGGGCAUGGACCAACCAAGCCCCACCGGUGACCAUGCACUCAGAGCGCCGACGCCUUCCAGCGCAGCUCCGGCGAGCUUCGGCGCUUGGGCGACGGCCAAGAUCAGCGUGGACGCGUCCCUCGCAGGCGCCAUCAUCGGGCGGAGCGGAGCGACCAUAAGGGAGAUAUCCCGGGCCAGCGGCGCCAGGCUGCGCAUUCGCGACCACGAGCGGGACGCCGGCCUGAAGAACGUGGAGCUGGAGGGCACGCCAGAGCAAAUCAGGCACGCCAGCGCCAUGGUCUGGGAGCAUCUGCCCGUGCCCGGCGGAGGGCGAUAUAACGGCGUCAAGACCAGGCUGUGCGCGCACUUCGCCAGAGGGUCCUGCACGUAUGGCGACGGCUGCCGCUUCGCCCACAGCGAGAGCGAGCUCCGCAGGCCGGCUCCUGCUGCUCGAGAGCCGUGUGGUUGGUAGCGAUCCAU